AUGAGUAAGAUUUUAGUUCUCAGAGCUCUGAAAAAGAAGAAGGUGAAGGCCAUGGCUUUACGCAGGAGAGCAUUGUCGAACUUCGUCCGAGCUACGAGGAGCUUUAGAUAUUCCACUAUCCCGCUGUACUCCAAUUCACCAUCCCUCAUCCAUGGAAUCCACGUCUUCCAUUGCCCUGACGAGGUGGGAAUCGUCGCCAAGCUCUCCGAAUGCAUCGCUCUGCACGGCGCCAACAUUCAUUUCGUCGAUGUCUUCGUUCCUGAGAAUAAACAGGUUUUCUACUCCAGAAGUGAAUUUGUUUUUGAUCCCGCACGUUGGCCCCACAAUGCGAUGCUGAAUGAUUUCUCCAACAUAGGAAAGCUCUUCAAUGCAAAAAGAUCUACUGUUCGGGUCCCAGAUCUUGACCCAAAGUAUAAGAUUGCACUUUUUGCUUCAAAGCAGGACCAUUGUCUGGUGGAUGUAUUGCAUGAUUGGCAGGAUGGUAGGCUUCCUUUGGAUAUAAGUUCUGUAAUAAGCAAUCACAACAGGGCUCCAAACACACACGUUAUGAAUUUCCUUGAGAGGCAUGGAAUUCCGUAUUAUUAUCUACCAAUUGAUAAUGGAAACAACAGAGAACAAGAGAUUUUGGAUUUAGUUAAAGACACGGAUUUUCUUGUACUUGCUAGAUACAUGCAGAUUUUUUCUGCUGAUUUUUUGGAGAGUUAUGGUAAAGAUAUAAUUAACAUUCAUCAUGGGCUUCUUCCAUCAUUUAAGGGUAGCAAUCCUGCCAGGCAGGCUUAUGAUUCCGGCGUUAAAUUGAUCGGUGCGACAACUCACUUCGUAACUCCAGAACUUGAUGCUGGUCCCAUUAUUGAGCAGAUGACGGAGAGCGUUUCUCACAAAGAUACCUUACAAAGCCUUGUACAGAAAUCCCAAAACCUGGAGAAGCAAUGUCUUCGCAAAGCAAUUCAAUCCUAUUGUGAGCUCCGUGUGCUGCCGUACGAAGGGAAGAAGACCGUUGUGUUCUAAAACAGGUGAUGGCAGAAGUGCUUGGUGUGGUGCUCGCCGCUUGGCGGUGGCGGCAGCCAGUAAGUCGUGGUUUUGAAAGUCCGUCAAAUCGGAUAAAUUAUAAAUUCAGGAAAGAAUGACAUGAUACUCUUACAUUUAAAAACAUGAUCUCCUCAUUAUUACAAGCUACCC